AUGACCUUCACCUUCCGAAAUUCGAAUAACAUGGCCACUAGUGCAACUUCCCCCCGCACUUGGGCUGGGUUGAGGUCUGCACGAGCCAUAGUUUACGCCUUUUCUGCGGCUCUGAGCCUAGCGUGCGCAGCACUCUACGUCUUUCUCCUAUUACGUGGAUGGACCUUCCACUUCAGUGCUCAGAGAUACCUCCUCGUCAUCUUGCUCAUAGUAUAUACCAUAUCAGCGGUCGUGUUGUUCCUAAUGAUGAUCGUCCCUUUGCGACUUCGGCUGGACGGCGUCUGUAUAGCUGCAUUGCUCCUCUUCCACAUUGGUGGGACUACUACUUCCGCCAUUAUUUUACCUUCGCUGCCUUUCAAACAUGCAGCAUCAUGUAGGACGACUGAAAACCUCGUCAUCUUGGGAAACAGCGCACUUAUAGUGAUCUUGACCCUCUACUCCGCCUAUUUGGUUUUUAUUUGCUAUGUUAAGCCAUUCUCGCGGCCAAAAAAGAUGUAUUCAUCUUGUUGGCUUGAGUUUGGAAGAGAACACACUCUCAAGGAGCCCCAAACCCAGAAAAAUCCAAGCCCCGUCGAUUGCCCCAAUUCUGACAAGAUUUUCUCCCCCGUUUGCCUUUCUCCCUCUCGGGUACCAAGCCCAUCUUCCCAUGACCGUAGCUCUCUUUCCAAGCAGCCGCUUUCCAACCAGUCUCAAGUACCGCAAUCGCCUUCAAAAUCUAUUCCUGCCCCACCCGCGGUCUCUCUGAGAAAUCCUCGACGUCUCGGGGGAUUAAUCUCGAGCCAGAUCAUUUCCAUUUCUGCAGCCCCGAAUCGUAUUACUCGGGGCCCCAGGCCCCGGACUAAGCGCCAAGGACCGCCACGAUCUCUUGAGGACCCCAACAAGAUAGAGAGCGAGGCAGGGGGUUCUCAAACUCCUUACUCUCCUAAUAUCCGCCCUCUCCAGCCUCUCCGACUCCAACAACCUUGCUUUCUUAAUUCGCCACCGAAGGCUCCCUUGACGCACCCGUCUCUCGGCCUACACAUUCCUCUCAAUCGCUCCAACACCUUGGCUUCUGUGCCUCGUUCUCCGUCUCCGGUGGGGAUGUCGUUCACGAGCGCCAAUGCGCCACUCUCUGCGGUGCUGACUCCACAUCCUGACUUGCCUUGCGGCAUCCACAGAUAUGGAGAUGAGCUGAAACGUCGCUAA